AUGCCUGAAACCUCCACCGAAGACCAGGAGCUUCACGUCGAUGACCGUGCCAACGAGUCGACCGAAAGGUUCCUGAGUCUCUGCUUUUAUGGACCGAUUCCUCCUCUUCCCUCCAGUGCUCAUUGCUCACAAUUUACUUUCCAGUUUAUUUCCUCCCGUGGGAACGAAUAUUUCUGCGAGAUCGACGAGGAGUAUCUGACUGAUCGCUUCAACCUUACUGGCCUCAAUACCGAAGUUCCUUACUACCAGUAUGCGCUGGACCUGGUGACCGACGUCUUCGAUCUCGAUGCGGAUGACGAUCUACGUGAGCAAAUUGAGAAAUCCGCGCGCCAUCUCUAUGGCCUUGUCCACGCCAGAUACAUUGUUACUACUCGUGGUCUCGGAAAGAUGGCCGAGAAAUACAAGAACGGAGACUUCGGAAAGUGCCCGCGUGUCCUGUGCGAAGGACAGCACCUCCUUCCGAUGGGCCUGCACGAUAUCGCGAACAUGAGCACGGUCAGACUUUACUGCCCCAAGUGCGAGGACAUCUACAACCCCAAGUCCUCCCGUCAUUCCUCCAUUGAUGGCGCCUACUUUGGCUCUUCCUUCCACAGCAUCUUCUUCCAAGUGUUUACCAACUUGGUUCCUCCCAAGAGCAUCCGUCGCUAUGAGCCCCGCAUCUAUGGGUUCCGCGUUCAUGCCAGUGCUGCUCUUGCGCGCUGGCAGGAUCGCUACCGCGAACAGAUGAGAGACCGUCUGAACGAAGCUGGCGUCGAGGUGAAGUACGUGGAAGACAACGAGGUUGAGGAUGAUGAUGAGGAGUCUUCUGAGGGGGAGGCUCAGCGCACCGAGACCAAGGGAGAAAAGGUCCUCGCCGACGCUGCAUCGGGACGUAUGGACCUCGGCAACUGA